AUGGCCACUCUUUCCGAGUGCUACAGGCCAUUGCAUCCGCGACUCUCACUCCUUUACAAAACCUUCACUUCAAAACCCAGAAUCAAUUUCCGUUUUCGCAAUUUUCCCGCUAUCAAUUACUGCACCAAAUCUCAGCCUCUCACUACUUUGUCUAGCGAUGGCGAUGGUUUCUGUAAUGGUUCUGGAGAAAUAAAGAGGGAGCUCUGGCUGUACAAUACGAUGAGCAGGCAAAAGGAGUUGUUUAAGCCGAAGUUCGAAGGGAAGGUUGGAAUGUACGUGUGUGGCGUCACCGCAUACGAUUUCAGCCAUAUCGGCCACGCCCGCGUUUACGUUGCUUUUGACGUGCUGUAUAGAUUGGUUAUACCUGUGAAUAGGUGUGAAGUUUUGGGUAAAGGCAGAUACCUUAAGCACUUGGGGUAUGAGGUGAACUAUGUCCGCAACUUCACUGAUGUUGAUGACAAGAUUAUUGCCAGAGCAAAUGAGUUGGGUGAAGACCCAAUUCAUCUAAGCAGAAGAUAUUGUGAAGAAUUUCAUAGUGACAUGGCAUAUCUGAACUGCCUUCCUCCCUCUGUGGAGCCUCGUGUCUCUGAUCACAUGUUACAAAUUAUUGAUAUGAUUAAACAGAUACUUGAUAAUGGUUGUGCAUACACGAUUGAUGGCGACGUUUACUUCUCGGUGGAGAAAGUCCAUGACUAUGGUCGAUUGUCCGGGCGUAAAUUGGAAGAUAAUAGGGCGGGUGAACGGGUAGCUGUGGACUCGCGGAAGAAAAAUCCAGCUGACUUCGCUUUAUGGAAAGAGGGAGAACCAUAUUGGGAAAGUCCAUGGGGUCCCGGAAGGCCUGGUUGGCAUAUCGAGUGCAGUGCAAUGAGUGCAGCUUACUUAAGUUUCUCUUUCGACAUACAUGGUGGUGGGAUGGAUCUGAUUUUUCCCCAUCAUGAGAAUGAGAUUGCGCAAAGCUGUGCAGCAUGUCAAGAGAGUAGUGUUAGAUAUUGGGUGCAUAAUGGAUUUGUGACCAUUGAUUCAGAGAAAAUGUCAAAGUCUCUUGGAAACUUUUUCACCAUACGACAGGUUAUAGAACUUUACCAUCCACUGGCUUUGAGGCUUUUUCUUAUGGGAGCGCACUAUAGGUCCCCAAUCAAUUACUCAGAGCUACAGCUUGAAAGUGCAUCAGACCGUCUUUUCUAUAUCUAUCAGACAUUGCACGAUUGUGAGAGUAUAGUAACUCAGCAUGAUGCAGCUGGUCUGAAGAAAACCAUUUCAUCUGGAGUAGCAACUUGUAUCAAUAAAUUUCAUGACGAAUGGUUAACGUCAAUGUUGGAUGAUCUUCAUACUCCUGUAGUUUUGGCUGCAAUGUCUGAGCCACUGAAGAUCAUCAAUGAUCUGUUACAUACUCGGAAGGGAAGGAAGCAAGAAAUGAGAAUUGAGUCACUGGCAGCAGUGGGAAAAACGAUUAGAAAUAUUCUUACUGUUUUGGGGCUCUCGCCGGAUAGCUACUCUGAGGCAUUGCAGCAACUGAAAGAUUAUGCACUGAGACGUGCUAAGUUGACCGAAGAUCACGUUAUGCAGAAAAUUGAAGAAAGGAAUGUUGCAAGAAAAAAUAAAGAGUAUGAAAAAUCUGAUGCAAUUCGGCAGGAAUUAGCUGCUGUAGGGAUUGCACUCAUGGACAGCCCAGACGGCACCACCUGGAGACCAGCUAUUCCUCUUUCUUUACAAGACUUGCAGCUUGCAGCAAGUUGAAACACCUCAAUUUCAAAAUGUGGUAUCAUUUAAGAUGUUAAACCUCCCAAGUAGGAUUAUUUAUUACGGGUUUUGAACUUUUGUUUUUUUGCCUGGAUAUUUAAGCAUGGAAGUACCAUAUUUAUCAGGGGUGUAAAAAUACAUUAGUGAAAAUUUCCCUAUUAGUUCAUAAGUUGCUUUAUUCAGAAGCACUUCCAUCAUUGAUUGUAAUUUGGUGCCAUUUUCUGUUUCCCAUUC